AUGAAACACCGCGGAGUCAUAGCCAUCCCGCCUGGCUCAGAGCCCCCGCUCCUGAUGUGUGGUCCCCACCUGGAGGGGCAGCAUCUUGUUCCUGCUUCUCCAGGUCGCAAGUGCCCUUCCUGGACCCACACUUGGGGUUCAGGGCUCACAGUUGGGAGCUGCUGGGCUGGAGCCCUGGUUCAGACCAUCGUGUCCCCACUGCUGGAGAGCUUGGGAGCAGGGCCGGGGGCCGAAGUCCCGAGAGAAGCGUCAGGGGUGCAGGGGAGAGGGCGAGGGGCCUCCUUCCUGAGACUGGCUCAGCGCGCUCCCCGACUGGGCUUCCGACAUGUGGGAUUUUGUAGUUGUUUUCCUUAA